UCUCUCUCUCUCUCUCUCUCUCUCCCCCCUUAUAAACCAGUUCGACCUUACCCUACUUACUCUUUUUCCUUCUCUCUCUGUAAACCAAAAACAGACCCCACUCUCUCUCUCUAAGUAUUUUGAGACGUUGAUGAGCAAUUUGCAGUACUAGGUACUAGUACUGUUACUACCUUUGAGCUAGUGAGCUAUGGAGAAGAUCAUGAAGGAAAAUACCAUUAUCGGAUCAAUACCGUCCUCAUUUUCCGAUCAUAUUAUUUCAAACACUUAUCCGUUAAUCUCAGCCAAUACGUUUGACUACUUGUGUGAAGGAGAAAAGGGCUCGCUAGGGUUUAUGGAGCUUCUGGGUGUUCAGGACUUCAGUACUCCUCCUCCUUCCUUGUUUGAUUUUCCACUGCAGUCAUCUUCUUCUUCUUCUUCUUUAAUGGCUUCCAAUGCUAAUAUAAAAGAGGAAGUUAUGAAUAAUAAUAAUAAUAAUAAUCAGCCUGCAACGCCCAACACUUCGUCGAUUUCGUCGGCAUCGAGUGAAGCCCUCAAUGAAGAUCCUCAACAGAUUAAAACUGCAGAACAAGAGGAAGAUGAUGAUGAAGAAGAUGAUGAUGAAGAAGAAGAAGCACAUGAAAAGACCAAGAAACAGUUGAAAGCGAAGAAGACAAAUAAGAAGAGACAGAGAGAGCCGAGAUUUGCGUUCAUGACGAAGAGCGAGGUUGAUCAUCUCGAAGAUGGCUACAGAUGGAGAAAGUACGGCCAAAAAGCUGUGAAGAACAGCCCUUUUCCCAGGAGUUACUAUCGUUGCACUAGUGCAUCAUGUAAUGUGAAGAAGCGAGUAGAGAGAUCGUACAGUGACCCAAAUGUGGUGGUGACCACUUACGAAGGCCAACACACUCACCCGAGUCCACUCACUUCUCGCCAAUUAACUCACGGCGGCGCUCCUCCGCUGGCCAGCCAAGAUAAUGCUCUGGAGCUCCUCAGGACUAAGAUUGGUGAUCAGCUGGGGGGAAAUGGACCAUCACCCUGCACUCAUAAUAAGACCACGAACGGCCUAGAUCAAUGA